AUGGCGGCACAACAGACCAUCAUCGCCGAGACGAUACGCGGCAUGAAGCUGGCUAUGCGCCGCCGCGACAACGACAUCGACUCGGACUCGUCCAUCACCCAGCCCACCAACCGCGGCAACAAGCUCAAGCGCAAUGCUCGCCAUGUGCGCGAAGGCCGCCUCGACACCACCCAUGGUCGUGGCUACAAGAAGCGCAUCGACUACGCCGGCUACGACCGCUACAUCCUGCACGAGAANCCCCUCCGCUUCGACGACGACGGCGACCUCAUAGACGACGACGAAUACGAUCCCGACGACCAAGACAGCUCCGACCAACACGGCAACCCAUGGGCAGACACCAAGCUUGAAGACCUGCUCGCCCCCUUGACUUCGCCCGCCGACCUCGCACAUCACCCCUCUCUGUCCGUACCCUUCCUCUCGAGGCCCAUCAGCGAAAUGGCAGAGAACGCUCGCCAGGCCAUGCACCGCGAAAAACAGACACUAUGGCACAUCAAGCAGCUUCUACUCAGAUUGCGUGGCGACGACCACUGGAUACCCGUGGGCAAGCUCGAAUCCGAACACGAUCUCAUGCUGCUAGACCCCUCGGCCGCGCCUAUUGACGACAACCUCUCCACCAUCAUGCCUCCCGAAACCUCUGCAAUAGACCACUACAGACCCGAAAACAACACACAAUCACAACCAGAACCGCCGCAGCAGAACGGGACCCAUACAGAUGGUGUCGACCAACAACAAAAUCCAUCCAACACUCUUCCUUCGCCAGACGCCUCACCUGAAGGAACCAUUCAACAUGCCAUGACGACUAGGCGUCAAGCUCGCACAUCGCCAACUCCCGAUCCUAACUUCCCUUCUUCGUCGCCCGCUCCUUCGUCCAUACCCUCGAUCCACGGCUUCUUCCACGUUCCAGAUUCCGCACUACCAGACCGAGACUAUGGUCUUCCUGCCAAUGAGGCGGACGAUACACGCCGUCUAUUACUGCUCUACUGUCAAAAGCAGGAACAAGUUGUUCGCGAGUCGCAACAGAUGCUCGAGGGUUUGCUCAAAGCAGACCGCAUGAGAAAAGACGUCUGGCGCUGGUGUAAGACAGAAGGUCACAUGGGCGAAAUGAGCGACGGCGAAGACUGGUACGACAUGGACGAAUGGAAUCUAAGCGCACCCUUGCAAAAAGGCAAAGAAGAGGAAGAGGUAGAAGAUGAAGGGAGAGUCAAAGGAAGACGAAGACGCGGCGCCCAGCACUAG